CGCCUGCCGUUCUAGGUACAGGCAAACGGAUUAGUCCCGCGGUUCAAAGACCAAUCCAAUUCCCUCCUCCACUUUCACUCCCAGUCCCCAUUUCCAUUUCCAACUCCAUCUCUAUCUCCAUCUUCAACCCUCGACGACCAUCAGACCUCAAUCACCCACGCACUAGCCUUGUCUUUCGCCUCCUCCGCAUCCUCGACCACCGAACUCGUCGCUAUUGUCGCUUCACUACACAGUAGCUUCUUCCGCUACUCUCACUCUUGGUCAACAUGUCGAGUAAUCGUAACUAUGAUUUCCUGAUUAAGCUGCUCCUGAUAGGCGACUCCGGCGUCGGCAAGUCGUGCUGUCUGCUGCGAUUCAGCGAAGACUCCUUCACCCCUUCAUUUAUCACCACUAUCGGUAUCGACUUCAAGAUCAGAACUAUUGAGCUCGAUGGAAAGCGCGUCAAGCUGCAGAUCUGGGAUACCGCCGGUCAGGAGCGUUUCCGCACCAUCACCACCGCCUAUUACCGUGGUGCCAUGGGAAUCCUCCUUGUCUACGACGUCACCGACGAGCGCUCAUUCAACAACAUCCGAACUUGGUUCCAAAACGUCGAGCAACAUGCUACCGAGGGUGUCAACAAGAUUCUAAUUGGCAACAAGUGCGACUGGGAGGAGAAGCGAGUUGUUUCCACCGAGCAAGGCCAAGCCCUCGCCGACGAGCUGGGCAUUCCCUUCCUCGAGGUCUCCGCCAAGAGCAACAUCAAUAUCGACAAGGCCUUCUACAGCCUAGCCGCAGACAUCAAGAAGCGACUUAUCGACAACUCCAAGAACGACCAACCCUCAGCGAGCGGUGUCAACGUCGGCGAUAAGAGCGAAGGCGGCGGCAGCAAGUGCUGCUAAACCGAAUACCCUAAGGAGUUCGUUUAUCUGUCAUUCUCCGUUUGCCGUCGUUUUUAUUUUUUUAUUUUUUAAGCUUAUUACUUUGUAAACUCGAGGGAGGUGAACACGCUGUGUACGGGUCAGCGUGAGAUGAGAGAGUUGGAGAGUUCACCAUUGGGAGAAUGGGAAGAGAACCUGUGCUCUUGUCUUCGGGCAUGAGAGAUGGAUGAAAGGAAACGAAGGAAAGAAGGAAAGAAGGAAAGGAGCCGAAAGAGAGGAAUGGAUGGCUGUUAGUUUGAGCUGGGCGGCAAAUCUCAGUCACGUUCAAAAGGAUGAGUGACGACAUUGCGAGAGGUUUUGGUCAUGUCUUGUUGUUCCCCCGAUCGACCUUCCACCCCAUCUUAGAGAGCACGUCCGGUCUGGAGUUUCGGUUUUUGAUCUGGGUCUAAUAUACAUUGCUUUCGUUAUGUGCAUGAGUGGUCGUUGUUGAAGUCUUUGAUUUCUUUGCUUGCGAUUGAAUGUCGGGUCAAGAAGAGCCAAAGAAGACUCCUUUGUGAAAGUGUUGAUGUCUUAUUUUCAAAAAGAUCAGAGAUUCGAUGGGCUGUGGAGCGAGCGUCUUUGACUCUUUAAAUCUAUUCGUUAUGAUAUAAUACAGUCGCUAAGUCUCAAUAUACGAUGCUUUUACACGGUUACGCUGGAUAACCUCAUCUCCUCCG